AUGAAGGCAAGCGUGGGCACCGUCUUUCGCGUCCUCCUCUUUGUAUUUUUUUCCAUAGCCUUACAUGUGCAGGCCAAUGGACGCUCAUGGUCAACGGAGAAGGCUCGCAAGAAUUCCUCUGGCAAAAAUGGAAAAAAUAAGUCACCAGCGGUUGACUACGGGGUCAACAUGGAGCCCAUAAAUCGCCCCAAGACGAUGAGGUUCCGCAAGCCGCCCAGCACGUACUCUGGCCUCGGCUCGAACAACUUUUAUUAUCCCGGGCAACCCACUUUGGCAAAUUUGGGCGCUUCUAUCCCUCUUUAA